AAAGAGUAUAUAUAAAUAUACCUCGCUGCUGCUGCCAGUCCAAAUGGUAUUGCAUAAAGCGUUACAACAAUGUUUCAGCUAUCAAGAUGAGGAAAAAAACAGAAACAGAGUCGGUUAAAAGCUAUGUUGGUGUUUAAGGCAUUCAGAAAUGUUUAUGAACAACUUACCACACAAAAAGCACUGAGGUUUGAAGCUAUGGAUUUGGUAAAAGCCCUGAAAGCAAAAUUAGCAGCUCAAACGACCACCAUUCGAGACUAGACUCACCAAAUUUCAGAAAAUUACAAUAGCCUAACGCAUGUCAAUAGAAACUGCAGCUAGCUGGUGGCAGAAGAAGUUAUUGCCAAAUCAUGAGAGCAGAAGGAAUAUCUUGAUAGAAAUUGGAGCGCGAGUUUUUGCGCAGUGAGGGGAGUAGUUCAUGGCUACAUUCAACCACAUGGAGACAUCCAUAGCAACUGCACAACACAGUGGUAUGUGGAAGCAGGAGCUAACGAGCAUGGGAAAAGUCAAGCUCUGCAUCUGAUAGUAGUUGAAGAAUUGCAUGGGAUAAGCCACAUUGCAAAUAUUCCAGCUCCACGACAAACGAUAGAGUUUUUUGUAUUGUUGAGCUCCAAAAGCUUGUCCACUAAUCGUUUCUAAUGCACUGCCCAUACCCAACUGUUCCACAACAAUUAAUCCUCUUUCAUUUGGAUUACAACAACUAAUAGAAAAUCUUAUCAAUAAGGACAUGAGCAUUGUUUGCAGUUCAGGAAUGUUUUUUAGCAAGACUUGGACUGAUGUACUCCAUCUCUUUUGAUAUACGAAGAGAUUGUCUUGCAAGCUCAUUACAAAUGCCUAAAAAGAAUUGAACUAUGUUGAAGCCAAAGGACAUAAAGUGAAACAGCUUAUAAAUUUUCACUGCACAUCAAUCAAUUGAACUUAACAUAGAUCAAAAGUGAGUUACUAAAAGCCAUACCGUUCUAUUCCAAUCUACGAGACACACAACACAUCUCAUAGCCACUAUUCAAUCGAGCAACCAUGCAGAUGAGUAAUCAAUCAAAUCAACUCAGCAAACUGAAGACACAUUUAAUACUUUUUAUAGAAAAAUAAUGAUUCAUGUUAUUAUUAUAAAGUCUUUCCUAUUAGUAUUAAGUAAGUUUUAAAUGUAAUUAAAUGUUAAUGUAGUUAAAUGAAGCAUAUAAGAAAAUUUAAGUUGAGCCCAUUAUCAUAUAAAGUAUACUAAGUUGGGCCCUUAUUAGACAUAUCCUAGGCCCACCUCAAAACAAACCCAAUACUAAUAAAUGGACGCGUUAGGGGUCAUUCCCUUUCUUCCAAAUCCAUGAAAUUUUGAUCGACGAUGAAGAAUUCCGACAACAAACGGCUUCUUGUGAUACGUAGCUGUGGAAAGUCGGGUAAGUAUCAAUUUACCGCUCUUUCUCCGCGAGAUUUAUCUGAAAUCGGUGAAGAAAGUUUCGACCUUCCUUUUCUGUAUCCAAGGCCAGAAAUUUCUUUUAACUGUUACCGGGAUUGGAUAUGUAUCUACGAAUAUGAAGGCCAUUUUUAUCUUUGGAACCCCACAACCAAACAGUGUCUGUUCUUUCCUACCGAAAAACUCUCUACAUUUGAUGAGACGAUGACCUCGUUGCUUGGUGCUUGUGUCUGCUAUGAUUCUAAGUCUAACGAGUACAAAAUCCUAAGAGUUUGUCAAGGUGAUUUUCUAGAUGUAGAGUAUGAUGAUGAUGGUUAUGCAGAUUAUAGGAGGUCCCAAACUUUUGAGUUGUAUUCGUUCCGCCAGGAUUCUUGGAGCGAAAUUCCCUUUGAUAAUCUUGAAGAUAUAUAUAUGUCUGGUUUUAGAGCCACGUCUGUUAGAGGUAAAGUUUAUUGGUUUAAUUUGUGUAACCGAAUUGUAUCGUUGGAUUGUAGUAAGAAAAGUUUAUCUUACAUUGAUUUACCAGUAGAGCGUCGUCCCUUUGAAUUGGGUGAGCUUGUCCAGUUUAAUGGUGGAGAUUCCUUAGGUGUUGUUUGCAUGUGGGAUCGACAUCCUAAACCCGGUUAUGAUUAUGAGCUUUGGGUAUGGAGUGAAAACCCAAUGGGGUGGGAUAGAAUGUUUAGUGUGUCUCUUGGUGGCUCUGUGGGUAGACCACCGGGGACUAUAUGCGAAACAUUCUUGUUUCUUGGAGGAAUGGCUGGCAAACCGGGUGCUGAUGAACAUCGUCUAGUAGCUUACGAUUGGACGAAAAAAGACUGCAAGGAACUCGGUAUUCAUGAUCAUCGCUUUGAUAUCCAUGUCCUUUGUUAUGUUGAGGGCACCUUUGUGCUGCCCCAUGGAAAGCCAAUCAAUGGAUCCUCAUUUCUUAUUAAUCCUCGUUUUGUCAAGUGGCCUGAGCGGUUCCUAAACUGCGACAACCAUUAUUGCAAUUGCAAUUGUCAUUUCGUGGACAUUUUUCCUGAGAUCAAGGUUUAUAACUGCGAGUGUUCUCAACCUAAUUACGACGAUGCCUACAGGUUGUAUAUUGAAGAUUUUGCUAAUGGAUUCCGCAUCCUUAGUGAUACAGAGGAGGUUGGUCCCGAUAUAUCAAACAAGCAAUUGGCCCUUAAACCAACGGCUGGAAAUCCUGAUGCACAAGGGGGCAAAAAAAAGAAAAAGAAGAAGAAGAAGAAGAAGAAAAGCAACUGAUGCACAGGGAAACAUCUCUAGAGAUCAUCUGUAUAAUGGUAAAUGUUUUACUUGUAGGCCUGCUCAGAUCAUCUAGUUUGACUGAUACCUUUUCUGUUUUUCCAGACUGAAUUUUAUAUUUAUCAUGAAUUGCUGAAUUAAGCCUCUGGCUAUAUAUAUGAACUACAAUUAGCUGCCGAUAUACUCCCUUUGAUCUU